AUGGAAGAGGAAGAAAGUAAAGAAUACCGUUGGGAGACCGGUUACGAAAAAACAUGGGAAGCAAUAAGGGACGAUGAAGGAGGUCGCAUAGAAGAAGCUUCAGUAAAUGAAAUCAUUGAAAAAGAAAAGAGAAAGAGACAGGAGUUAAAAACAGGAAACAGGCGAUUGGGAUUGAUGAGACAUGUUUAUUUAAUAAUAGAUUGUUCAGAAGCAAUGUUAGAUCAAGACCUGAGUCCAAAUAGACAAUUAUGUACAGUAAAACUUUUAGAAGGGUUUAUUGAUGAAUUUUUUGAGCAAAAUCCAAUCGCACAGAUGGGUGUUAUUAUCACAAGAAAUAAAAGAGCUGAAAAAUUGAGUGAUUUGGCUGGAGUUUCAAAAAGACAAAAAGAAAUAAUUAAAAGUAUAGGAGAUUUGGCUUGUACAGGACAGCCAUCUUUGCAAAAUGCUUUGGAAUUAGCUGGAAAAUCAUUAAAAUUAAGACCCACACAUGCCAGUAGGGAAGUCAUUGCAAUCAUAGCUAAUCUGACUACUUGUGAUCCUGGUAAUGUAGCUGAUACUAUUAGGUUUAUGAAAGAAGAAAACAUUCGAUGCUCAGUUAUAGGAUUGGCUGCUGAAGUAUAUGUUUAUAAAACUUUAACCAAAGAAACCAAAGGGACUUACAGUGUUAUUUUAGAUGAUGUUCAUUUCAAGAAUCAAUUAUUUCAACAAAUAGAUCCACCUGCAAUGACAAGUAAUUUGAGUGCAUCAUUAAUAAAAAUGGGUUUUCCUCAUCAUUCAUUGCACGAUGACAAAUCUUCAUUAGGAUUGUGCAUGUGCCAUUUAGACGACUCCGAGGUUAAAUUAAAAUCGGAUGGAUACAAGUGUCCACAAUGUGCAGCCAAAUAUUGCGAACUUCCUGUCGAAUGUAAGGUAUGCAGUUUAACAUUAGUGUCUGCUCCACAUCUAGCCAGAACUUUUCAUCACCUUUUCCCGGUUCAAAGUUUUGAAAGGUUCGAUGGGAAAAAUGCUGAAGGUUACUGUUUCGGAUGCCAAAAAAAAUUUUCCGAAGGAGAUACAUAUUUAUACAAAUGUAACAAAUGCGAGCAAAGAUUUUGCGGCGUCUGCGACAUAUUUGUUCACGAUUCACUUAGAACGUGUCCUGGAUGUGCAACAAAUCCACUUUUAUUUCAAAAUAAAACCGCCGCAUCAUUUAACGCAAUCACCUAA